UGAACACAUGUACGCUAUCAAGCCAUGGGGAAAUGUGUUUGCAAUUGGUAGUACCAUAGAAAGCUAUACCAUGGGUAUUGGAAUGCGCUGGAGGGAAUCAAAUGUCACAAUAGUAGAGAAGCGCCCCACCCCAUCUUAUGAACUACACAAGGUUCAUCGCUGUGUCCUUACAGAACAAACACUGAAGCUUUUAAUCGACUUGGGAUGUACUGAAAAUAAGUUGCGCGCCAUUUUAAAGCCGGCCCUAGGAUGGCGUUUUAUAAAUAGUCAGAUGGAAGUACUAAAGGAAAGCACAACGUUUCCUGGAUGUGCCAUUGGUGAAGCAUCCUUUCACUGCAGCAAAGGCCUACUUAUGCGUCUGCUUCGAACAGAGUUUCUCCGUUUUGGAGGAACGGUUAUAUGGGGGUCUGAGGCUUACGACGCGUUUGAGAGUCACGAUGGUACCGAUACCUGGUGCCUAAGGAAGGAUUACGGGCUCGGAACGGCGGUGGAGGCGAUAAUCACAACAUCCAAACGAACAGCGCUCCACUCCGCGCUCAUUGCACACGACCCCGAUCGUAUCACGGUUUUAUUUGAUGUAGAUACAGGUGUUUCACACAUUGACCGCAAAACGAGCCAGCGUAUCUUUGGCGCGAACCAUGACGUGUCCAUCAUGGUGGGUCAAGGCCUUGCUAUGCAUGUUUGGUUGAUGGAUGAAUGUCGUUGUUCAUGGCGACUUGUACGUACCGCAAGGAAAAAAAUAGAAGGGGAAGCCGAUGUUCUCGAAACGUUGACGACUGACUUAAGGAAUCUAAUAUUUGCGAGUGAGAAUCGAAUGCAGCACAUAUGUGCACUACCGGGGACAACGCCUGCUAUUCGAGACGAUAAAGCGCAUGCAAAAAUUAGUGUUUUGGGGGAUGGGCUGCUUCCAAUAGAUCCUUUUGAGUGGCGCGGUGAUAAUGCGCGUUGUGCGAUUGAAGAGGCCUCUGCGGUUUGCCGAUUAUUCUAUGGGAAAAAGUACCAUCGCGGUGAUACUUCUUUCCUCUUGCGGAGUAUAGAGCAGGACUCUAUCAGUAAACGCGCGAACCUGUUGAAGCGGGACUUGGUGGAUGCAGAACACUUUUUGGCAUUACAUCCCGCAUUACAUGAUGAACCAGUGGGACCCAUUGGUCUCGUUGGGGCAAACUAGUCAAAAUAAUCAUAGAAGAUAUUUAUACGCUCUGAUUAUUUUGUUAGGAUCAAGGAUUGAAUAUAAGAUUUAUCGUAUUGUAGAAGGAUCCGAAAGGAGCUAAACAAA